GGUGAUACAAAUAUUACCUACAAUCAUUCAUCCUCGUCCUGUUUCGUACGGAAAAGGUUUGACUACUGCUAUCAAGUGAACUGUGAUUUUUGUUGCAUCCUAACAAAUGGUUUGUGUAUAAACCGUUUCCUGAGCUCCACUUCUUUUGCUCGAGCAACGGUUAACCGGUAAUGUUUGAAUAAUGUACACGUGGCGUAAAACUGCAACGAUGCAAGUUUGAAUGACAGGGGGAGAGACCGUUUCCCGUAUCCGGAAGAAGACAAAAAGUAUUACGAAUGUGUGUACGUCACUAUGUUCAAGGUAAGUGAGCAACACAGGAGGUGGAUUUCAAAGCGUAUUUUGUCAUAAAAGUUUGUAAUAUUACAUUUUUGACAAAUCGGUAAAGGUGGAAUUGUUCGAGCAGCGUUGCCUUUUGCAGCUAACAUAUGACGAAGAGAGGAAGAACUGCAAAAUAUAAAAAGAACUACUCCGUGGAUGUGUGAGAAAAGAUUUAAAUUUAGAUUCAAUGAAAGAAACCUACGAUACAUAUGUCUAAGUUCAUUGGAAUAAUGUAUAACAUACAUAUAUAUUUAUGUAGUUUAGUUCAGUUCUUUUAUCAUUUCAUAUACGAAUGUUUGCAUAUGUACAUGUGGUCAUGAUCAAUUUGUAUGAUGCACAGACCCUAACACAGAUCUAACACAGAUUUUCGGUUUUGAUAUUUAUCAAUAUGAUUAGAAAUAAUUCACACCUAAUCAUUGCUCCAGUUUGCAGAGCAAAAGUAGGUUGCAGUACUGUAUGCAGGGAGGCACGGUGGUGAAUAAAAAGCAAACUUGAAGCAUGUCUCUUUGAGUAGUUCAUGUUUGACAACCGAAGAGGCUGCGAAUACCAAUGGACAAACGUAAGGCAGUGAGUUUGCUUUUGCCGCUGGCAUUGGCGGUUGCCACCCACGGACAAGAAAUGUACCCAGACUAUUUGGAAACAAGCGUGCUCGAUCCACUUGCUUCAUCUGAGGAAAAUGUAAUGCAAGAUAAUGAAAUGCCCGGGGCAUUGUGGUACGGUGCGCCCUCCGGAUUCCAACUUUCGCCACCCUUCAUCGAUAAGACUUUGUCGGGCAGCUGCACUAAUGCUUCUACGAUCGUGUGUACCGGUUGUCGACGCGUUCGUGUCUGCAUUCCAGGAAUAAGCGAUCAGUCAUUGUUGCCGGAAAAUAAUUGUCCACCCUCAACGUACUGUCACACGCUCGGUCAGGGCAUGGGAGGUGCAUGUAUGGCCACUGUUGAUCCCUUGUUUCCAGAGUGCAAAUAUUCGGCAGGAUUCGGUGAAAAUAAUGGGUUGAUUGGUGGUAGCAACUUUGGUAUAUUGUGCACGGGGUUGGGAGUGUUUCCUGACCCACUGGAUUGCAGAAAAUUCCACUAUUGUACAUCCGUUGGAAGUUACGCGCGACCAUUCAAAUGUCCUUCCGAGUAUGUGUACAACUCUAAGAAAAAAACAUGCAGCAGAAAUACUCCAUGUCGUACAAUACAAUGUCGCCCGAACGGAAGAUCUAUAUUCCUGCCAUUUCCACAGGAUUCUAAAUACUACGCGUACUGCAAUUACCAUCGUAUCAGGAAUCGGUCAACAUUAAAAAAUAUAAUAGUGUACAAAUGCGCCGAAGGCUCGGAAUACAACGUGCUCUCCAAUAGCUGCGUGUUCAACUGUCCAAGGGAAGGCUUUUUAGCAAAGCCCGGGGAUGCUUCGAAAUUCUACUGGUGUCGAAAAGUGAAUGGAAAUGUGUUUGGCUAUGAGCAAGUGUGUCCAGGAGUGGGAUCCAUAUUUAGCCCCAAGCUUGGAAUAUGCUUACCACCGCCGGAGAUUACAACUACGAACAUCUCAUCAACUACGACGCCCAUGAUAAGUGAAACUAGGUCUUCUUCAACCACAACAACAACAACAACAACAACAGCCACAACACCAACGACGACCCAAGCACAAACUGAGAGCCCCUUAAUUCCCACCGAUGCAACAAUUGUUAUGGACACACCCGUUCAGCUACCUCCUUGGCCUAAAUGGCCUUCAAUUUCUGUAUCGUCGCUUUUGUAAGAAAUAAAACCAUAGCGGAGGCGGUAUAUAUAUAUUCAUAACUUGAGUUAAUAUCAAAUAAACAAUUAUUUUAAGAUGAAAAACCACUGGUUUUUUGCAUGUCAAACAACGACUUGGACAUGAAAAUUGUUUAAAUCGAUCUUUAACUAAACACAAUAUCCAAAAUGACUAUAAAAAUAAAAAGCAUUAUUAGGAGAGACUAUCAAACAAGUAAGACAAACAAAACAUCAAACAAAGAUGCAAAAAUUUUCGUUGAUAUUUCUGGUUUUCAGCGACACUCACUGCGUGCUAAUAACAACAUGUGCCAACAAAAAAAAAACUAUGAUGCUUUAGUUCUAUAAUGAUAAAGAUUUUACAUUGUCUUGCAUGAUGUUAUCAAACUUAAUCCCUACACAUCCGGGGUUUGAACAAAGCAUUUAUGUUUAAAAGUAGUCCCUCAAAUAGUUUCUAUCAACAGAAACCUUCCAGAUAUGUUUAAUGAUUUUUAAAAAUAUCAAUAAUUUUGAUAUUUGAAUUCAAAUCGCAAACUUUAAUAACAUUUUUAAAUUAAUUACAAAUUAUUAGCUAUUAAGUAAUAUUCUUCCACGAUUGAAAAUUCGUUGUUUGAGGACCGGAAAGCAAUACGGAUUAUA